UUGCUUACAUUUCUACAUACAUAUGUAUAAAUAUGUAUUAGACUAAGUGAGGAAGAAAAUCGAAGCAUAAAUAAUAAACAAAUAUAUGUUUACAACGGCGUCCAUCAAAACGCCCUCUUGUGCGUACCAAAAUAAAUAUAUAAUACAAUUUUAUUAUAAUAAGUGCACAACAACAACGCUUUUAUUACUGCAAAUAUAAUUAGAAGAAUUUUAUCAAUAUAACGACGAAAGGUUCCCCAGAGCCAUGAAUAACAAGCCAACACCGGAACGUGAAGGUCCAGACAAUGAGUCCACUCCACCAAGACGUAGUAGCCAGCGACAUUCGGCAUCGACAGCACCGUUUCUGCCAGCCAAUGAGAUUUUCAUAGUCGAAAUGCCUUCCUCACGUUCAUUUAACCCGGUGCUAUUUGAGCAGCAAAGAAUCCAUCCAAUGACUAUACAUGCCAUCGAACGUCUUGAGAAUUUUGCCUCAUCAUCAUCUGACGUCGAACGUGAGCGGUCAGCACACUCAACAGCCCCACCGCCUGUUCGCGUUCCCAGGGCAACGACAUUUGACCAGACGAGAAGACCCUCAAGAAGUAUGCGAAGAUUGGGAUCGGAGGAGUACGAAAUAACUAGAAGAGGAAGCACGGACGUCCCUCCUGCCGUUCUAUUUAGAACCCCGUCAUUGAGUAGGCGUCCAUUGUCAACAUCGACUUGGGAUAUUGGCGUACAAACUGACUUAAAUCAGUAUCAGAUACUUCCAUUUACGAGGGAAUUUUGUGCUAUUUUGCCUGUACGUUUGAAGCUAGCAAUAAUAUUUAACAGACUUGCCAGACAACAAGAAAUCGACUGGUUAAAUCUGCAAAGAAUGAUCACUACAGUUGGAGGUGAUGAAUUGGUUUCCACUGAAGCCCAGACAGGUUUACAUUGGUAUGAAAUGGAGCUGAUAGCCAGAGAUCGUGGCCUAGAGUAUUACACCAUACGAGCAGAUUAUAUGGAAGAAGAACGAAUUAGAAAAUUCGGCACACCAUAUGUAAUAGCUCCUGUCCCAACAUCGCUUCUAUCAUCGAUACAAACUUUAGCAGAUCAAGAAUCGAUUCUGAUGGUUGUGCUACCCGACAUAUGGACCGAUACAUUUCGCCAAAGACUCUCCAUCGAUACAUCAUAUGAGAACUUUUCGCAUUUCCUUGGCUCAUUACGGUUCGCUUGGAGAAAUAUGGACACAAGUGUUAUCGCUGAACUAGAAGCUAAUAUACGAGGAGACCGUAGUUGGAUGACGUACCCAUUAAAUCCAUUCUGUGCGGAAGUAACACAGUUAAAUUCUAAUUCUCAGUUCUCUCAUAGUAUGCAUAGCAGCUUUGUUAACGCUGCAGGCGACGAUGAGGGACCAUCGACAUCUAGACAAGCUCAAAAAAGAUUGGCCGAACUUAAUGCAAGCAACUGGAAGCCACCGAAAAAACUAUUAGCAAGUGAUUCUGAAAGUUCCACAUCAUCCACCGUAGAGGAACUCAGUUCAAAUGUAAGGGUCUCGGGAGUGGAACCAGCUAAUAGAUCAAGAUAUAUAAUAAAUGCCCCACGGACCAUGGAAUUGAGAUUUGUGCCAGUGCUGCGACCUCCUCAAGUGAUUGAUGUAUCUUCGACUCAGGCUGCUACUGCGGUAGAUAUGUUCACUGGUGCUGCAAGAGUAUAUCAAAUAUUUAAAGACCUUAAUCCAUAUGUGAUUUGGACAGGUCGAGUAUUAAGGCCAGGCAUAAAUGCUCUGAUAACAAUGCAUCACAUACUGGGUCACACAAACUCAAUUAUCAAUUGGAUUAGCGAUGUUUUAUCUAUUUCUCGAUAUUAUUCACAUGAUGACUUCAAUAAUAAGAUUUUGCAAAUUAAUAAAAGUUAUUCCAGAUCUAUAGCUCUAGUAUAUUUUUUACCACAUAGUCCGUUUUUUAUCGAUGGCUACGAAGAAGUUUUUGGCCUACUAAAUGGGCUAGUUAAUGGAGACAACCCUCGGAUACCUAGAAUGAGCAAUAGAUCGAUGGAUAUGUUUCUAUAUCCACUUUUGGCAGGAAAAUACUUUCUCACUGAAAUAGACUCUAGAGAGUUCCACAAGUUUCUAGAUAACAAAGAAAGACCAAAUCUAAUAGUCGGCAUUGUUAUACACAACAAUAGCUUAGGUGGCUCCCCCAAUUCCGUCAUGUUAAUACCAUGUCUAGAAAGAGAACCAAAUGAGGAAUGGGAUCCAAACGUUGGCGCAAGCAGCGGAGCUAAUGCCCCAGAAGAGCCAGCGACAGAAGUGAGCGAACCAAUCUCUGACGCCAAUAAUACGCAGCCUUCCACCGGCAGUGGACCACCCGUGCAAGCAAUCAAUCUGAUGGACAAUGAGCCAAGUUCUACUACUUCUGCUACUAGUUCCAGGUAUUACAAAACUUUAAAGCGGAAGGCACCAGCAUCUACAACAUCUAGUAGAAUGGUUACAUCCUCUUCAUCGACUUCGUUCAGCGAUAAGUCGUAUACGAAAGAGUAUGUACCCGAACAGAAGACAACUCGAAAAACUGCUGAGCCACCCUGCAAACGCGGUAAGAAAGCUCCUUCGACACCGAAAUUGGUGUCAUGCUCAUCGUCCGUGUCCUCAUCACAUUGUAGAAAGAGUGAUAGAUCGACCACGGAUAGAUAUGAGCUAAGAGAUGAUGGAGCAGAAACUACACACAUCAAUAGAGAGCUGAGUAGAAUUAAUAGAAAGAGCGCAAUACCAGCUCAAGAGAAAACAGAUGACGCAGAAAACGGCAUUCAAGAAGAUAUGGAAACGUGGAGUGGAUCGGGGACUGACUCGGGCGCUGAAUCGAAUACUGAAACAGAGUUAUCUCGCGCAGUAUCCAGUAUAUGCCAAUAUUCCUCUCCAGAGACUCCAGAAGAAGACCGCCCAAGUACUUCGCAUGCUGCACAACACUUCUCUACAAAUCUGACGCAAAUGAUGAAUUCUAGGCAUGAAGCAACAAGUACGAGCGACAUUAUAAAUAUACCAUCCGUAAGACCGACGGCCAAUGGUGUCUCCGAAAAUGCCAGUAAUGCGGAUGAGGAGGAGGCAUUGGCCCUGUUCCGAGUGUUGGAUUUGCCUACUGAUUUGCUUUCAGCUUGGUCAACUCCAGUUCUGGAUGAAGAGAGUGAGCAGUUACCUGGUAAUAACCCCAAGUCAAACGACCGCUAACUAAGCUAAUUUGGUUAACACUAAGAAAUCGCCUAUCGAUAAAUUGAAAUGCAGAAGAGGGCGUUAACGGAGCCGGAAGUAAAUGUGAAUGUCCCAUACUAAUAAUUUAGUAGCAUUUUAACUGGACACAUUUUUAAAAAUUGCAUAAUAACUGUGCACACACCUUCAUAGGACUGUUUAUAUUAUCCGUACCAUUUGCAAAAAUAUUUCUCUUUCCUCAUCCGGCAGAAGAACAUGAAAAUGGGAGGUUAGAGCUAAAUAAUAUAACAGAAAAAUUUUUAAUUUGCAUAAACUAAACUCUUUAAACCCUAAACUCUUCAAAUACUCUAAACUCUUUCUUUAAUAAACUUUAGUGAUUCAAUACCAAAUAUCUUAAAAUUUUUUGCAGUCAGUAAUAAUCUUUUCAAAAUUGAAAUACGCCAAGCAGUUUAAACUUAAUCUGAUUUUUUUUUAAAACAAACUUUUCUUUGUCAGAGACUUGAUUGAGGAUUUAGACCCAAUUUCAAGCCUUCUGAAUAAAUGGUUAAAAAAUUAAUAUGGCUGAAGAAAGAAGAUUUUUAAGUACUCACAGAUACUUAUCGAAAAACUUUUUUGUUCGUUUGCUAAGAAAACUAAAAUAUACCCUGUAAAAGUUUAGAAAAAAGCGGCGCUUGCUUAUAAUAUAAGGAGUCCUACUGAGUUAUACCAUAAUAAAUGUCUUUACCAUAUGAUCCACCAGAACGGUGUUGCUUCGGUUUCGACUUUCGAUAAUUUAUGCUUGAAAUUGUCAUGCUAUAUAAUUACACUUGUGCUCAAUUAAUACAUUUAAAUGAAAUUGAACUGAAACAGGUUUGUUUCUCGAAAAAUCAGAUUGCAUUUAAAAUAUUUGCCGUAUAAUAGUUUUGAGGAGACUAUUACAACCUGGAAAGAACAUUCCGAAUUUCUUGUCGGAUUUCUUAAGACCCUUUUGUAAUUAACUUGCCUACAUUGUAAUUAACUUAAUUGAGUUUUAAAACUGCUGUUUUAGAUUAGCAAAUUGAACUAAUAAGUUAAGCCAAGGUGAAACAAGACAAAAACCAAUUCCAAACCGAAAGAAUGAAGCGUUAACAAUUAAAGCAAGCAAUUCCUCUUUUAUAUAUACUUAAAUUAAAUUGUCAUACAUAAAUUAUAUAACAGAAAACCAUUCUCCGUUUGCGAUCUCCUCUUGUGUGGAUAUAUUUGUGUUUGAAUUCCCAAUCCCUCCGUUUGUAAUGUAAUCGAAAAAAGCACACUAAAAUCUCUUAAGAAAAGUUCCGAGGAAAUUCAUCGUUUACAAAAUAUAUGAAAACCUACUGAAUUUCGUCCAGUUGGGUGAAUUAUUGUUUUAAUUAUUAUUAUUUUGAAUUGGUUUUAUAAUUUUGCUUCGCAAGCUUAUUUUUUUACUUCAAAACACUUUCAGAACAGUUGGUUUGAUUAGGUUGUUAUAAAAUCCACUUUUCCUUCCUUUUAGUACGACGGGCUUUUAACUUCAAAAAGACUAAAUUUUCCAAAAUUCCGCUUUGCGAAAUUUUCAAUUUUUUCUGCGAAUUUCUUUGAGUUUUUAACUUUUGAUUUUCAUGUUCUCCUACCGGAUGCAGGAUGAAAAAUAUGUUAUAGUGUGUGCAUAAAAAUAUCGUGUAUUGACUAUAUGUCUACAUAUACAUUAGUGGCGGAACCAGAAAUGAUCCCAAGUACACAACAUCCCUACAGUGAAAAUCCUACUUCUGAUAUACCUAAAGUAUAUCAGAACAAAAAUCCAGCUUGAACUUUUGGGAUACAUUUUCCCCAGCUGGAUCCGCCCAUGUAUAUAUAUACAUGCAUACGUGUACUUAAAUAUAUGUCUGUGUCUCCUAUUUAACUGUUUUUAUAUGUAUACAUAUGUGACAAAUGAAAUAAAUACAAGAUAAAACCUGUUAUAAGGUUACCCAAGCGCA